CAUCUCCAGGCUUGCUCCUCUGCUCUCCUCCCUCGCCCGUCCGUCUGCAUCCAGGAGAACACUCUCGAUCGAGCCAGCGCCAUGUUCCGCUCCCUCAUCAGCAAGAGCCUCGCCCGGCCCUCGAGCCGAUCGUUCUUCACCGGAUCGUCGCUGCGUUCCGACAAGCUGUUUGUCCACCGCGACACUCCCGAGAACAAUGCCAGCAUUCCUUUCGAGUUCAACACCGAGAACACGGAGCGCGCCAAGGCCAUCAUUGCGAAAUACCCUGCUCAGUACAAGAAGGCCGCCAUCAUCCCUCUCUUGGAUCUGGGCCAGCGACAGCUGGGAUGGACCUCGCUGUCGGUCAUGAACUACGUUGCUAAGUUGGUCGAGGUUCCCCCCAUGCGUGUCUACGAAGUCGCCACUUUCUACACAAUGUUCAACAGGGAGCCCGUUGGAAAGUACUUCCUCCAGGUCUGCACAACCACCCCGUGCCAGCUGUGCGGCGCUGAGGAGAUCGUCAAGACCAUCGAGAACGAACUCGGCAUCCACGUCGGCCAAACUACCCCCGACAAGCUCUUCACCCUCGUCGAGGUCGAGUGCGCUGGUGCUUGCGUCAACGCCCCCGUUGUCGCUGUCAACGACGACUACUAUGAGGACCUGACCAAGGAGUCCACCAUCUCGAUCCUGAACUCGCUGAAGGCUGGUAAGGUGCCCAAGGCCGGACCCCAGUCGGACCGCCAGAACUGCGAGCCCGCCGGUGGCCUGACCACUCUGACCACACCCCCCACCGGCCCUGGCUUUAAGCUCCAGGCCGAGCUGUUGUAAGCAGCUCCAAGCUGCUCGAUGUGAUCAACUACAGCCAAUCCAAUAAAAAAAAAACGGGACACUCCGGAUUUUGAGCA